AUGGAUGGUGCUACAGGACUACGGGUGCUGCUGUGUCUCCUCACUCUGCAGACCAUGCCUGCUCUGGGCUUGGCAACAGGCAGACCCAGGGGCAACGAGAAGCGACAGGCUGUGGACACAACAGUCAAUGGUGUGUCCAUCAGGAGCUUGAAAGUCAAUUGCAAAGUCACCUCUCGCUUUGCCCACUACGUCAUCACCAGUCAAGUGGUCAACAGUGCUAACAAAGCCAGGGAAGUGGCUUUUGAUGUGGAAAUCCCCAAGACAGCCUUCAUCAGUGACUUUGCCAUAACAGCAGAUGGGAAUGCAUUCAUUGGGGACAUAAAGGACAAAGUGACUGCAUGGAAGCAAUACCGGAAGGCAGCCAUUUCAGGGGAGAAUGCUGGCCUUGUCAGGGCCUCGGGAAGAAAUAUGGAGCAGUUUACCAUCCACAUCACUGUUGGAGCCCAGAGCAAGGCCACGUUCCAGCUCACCUAUGAGGAGGUACUAAAGAGGAGACUUACGCAGUAUGACAUCGUCAUCAAAGUCAGACCGAAGCAGCUGGUACACCAUUUUGAGAUUGAUGUGGACAUCUUUGAGCCGCAGGGGAUCAGCAGGCUGGAUGCUCAAGCCUCCUUCCUCAGCAAGGAACUGGCUGCUCAAACCAUCAAGAAGUCUUUCUCGGGGAAAAAGGGUCAUGUGCUCUUCCGCCCCACUGUGAGUCAGCAGCAGUCCUGCCCCACGUGCUCUACCUCCUUGCUGAAUGGAGACUUCAAGGUGACCUACGAUGUGAACCGAGACAAGCUCUGUGACCUCCUGGUGGCCAACAAUUACUUUACACAUUUCUUCGCCCCCAAAAACCUGACCAACAUGAGCAAGAACCUGGUUUUUGUGAUUGAUAUCAGUGGGUCCAUGGAAGGCCAGAAAGUGAAGCAGACAAAGGAGGCGCUCCUUAAGAUAUUGGGGGACAUGAAGCCAGUGGACAACUUUGACCUGGUCCUCUUUGGGUCUCAAGUGCAGUCAUGGAAGGGCUCACUGGUACCCGCGUCUCACGCCAAUCUGCAAGCAGCCCAAGACUUUGUGAGACGCUUUUCUUUGGCUGGAGCCACAAACCUGAAUGGAGGCUUGCUCCGAGGAAUCGAGAUCUUAAACAGAGCUCAAGGAAGCCACCCAGAACUCAGCAACCCUGCCUCAAUUCUUAUCAUGUUGACCGACGGAGAGCCCACUGAAGGGGAGACGGACCGUUCCCAGAUCCUCAAGAAUGUCCGCAACGCUAUCCGGGGCAGAUUCCCGCUCUACAACCUUGGCUUUGGUCACGACCUGGACUUUAGCUUCCUGGAGGUCAUGUCCAUUGAGAACAACGGAUGGGCCCAGAGAAUUUACGAGGACCACGAUGCCACCCAACAGCUACAGGGUUUCUACAAUCAAGUAGCCCACCCCCUGCUGACAGAUGUGGAGCUGCAGUACCCCCAGGACGCUGUCUCAGCUCUAACACAGCACCGACACAAACAGUACUAUGACGGCUCUGAGAUCGUGGUGGCUGGACGCAUUGCUGACCACAAACUGAGCACCUUUAAGGCGGAUGUUCGGGCUCAUGGGGAAAAGCAAGAAUUCAAGGCAACCUGCCUGGUGGACGAGGAAGAGAUGAAGAAACUGCUCCGAGAGCGUGGCCACAUGCUAGAGAAUCAUGUGGAGAGGCUCUGGGCCUACCUCACUAUCCAGGAGCUCCUGGCUAAGAGGAUGAAGACAGAAGGGGAAGAGAGGGCCAACCUGUCGUCCCAGAUCUUGAAGAUGUCACUGGACUAUCAUUUCGUAACGCCGCUGACCUCUAUGACUAUCAGAGGCCUGACAGACGAGGAUGGGCUGGAGCCCAUCAUUGACAAGCCCCCAGAGGAUUCUCAGCCCUUAGAGAUGGUGGGACCCAGAAGAACGUUUGUGCUGUCAGCUGCACAGCCUUCUCCUACAGCCCACCCCUUAGGCUCAAAGUUGCCAACCCGUGUGACAGGUGUGGACACCGAUCCCCACUUCAUCAUCUAUGUACCCACAAAAGAGGAUAGCCUGUGCUUCAACAUCAAUGAGGAACCCGGUGUGAUCCUGAACCUAGUGCAGGACCCUGACACAGGAUUCUCGGUGAAUGGGCAGCUCAUUGGGAUAAAGGCCAGCGGCCCUGGGCAGCAUGAGAGCACAUACUUCGGGAGACUGGGGGUCUCAAGCCCCACAUCAGACUUUCAGCUGGAAGUGACUCCUCAGAACAUUACCCUGAACCCCAGCUCUGGCGGGCCGGUGUUCUCCUGGAGGGAUCAGGCUGUGCUGCAGAAGGACGGGGUAGUGGUGACCAUCAACAAGAAGAGGAACCUGGUGGUGUCUGUGGACGACGCUACCUUUGAGAUUGUCCUGCACAGAACAUAGGGGAGUUCAAUCCACCAGGACUUCCUGGGUUUCUAUGUGCUGGAUAGUUUCUGGAUGUCAGCCCGGACACAGGGACUACUGGGGCAAUUCUUCUCCCCACUGGAUUUUGAAGUAUUUGACCUCCGCCCAGGCUCUGACCCUACAAAGACAGAUGCCACAAUGGUGGUUAAGAAUCGGCAGCUGACAGUCACCCGAGGGUUACAAAAGGACUACAGCAAGGACCCCAGACAUGGAACAGAAGUGUCUUGCUGGUUUGUCCAUGACAAUGGAGCUGGACUGAUCGAUGGUGUCCACACUGACUAUAUCGUCUCUGACAUCUUCUGA